AUGCCUCCCAAACGUGCCGCAAGCUCCACGGGCGCGUCUAAACGCCAGAAAACCACCAAUGGCAAUGACAACAGCAGCUCUGCUCCCAAUAGCUCUCGCUGGGCUGCCGUCUCUGGCACAGCCAACAUCUACGCCGGCUACAUCGCACAGAUGGCCAAGGACCCCGAGCACAAGUACACUUUCAAAUGCCUCUGUCGAUCUCCGUUCCCGGACGGCGACUAUGAGUCCGACUACGAGUCCGACGAGGACGAGUGGGAUUCCGUAGACGAGGAUACCUCUGAAAGCGAGCACGCCAACGACAAAGACACAGCGACCGGGGAAAAAGCACCCCCCAAACCCCGCUGCGACGUCGGCAAGACCUGCCUGUGCAAGAAACCCGCCACAGAGCAUCCCGACCAUCCGUGGGCUUUCACCCACGCGGGCCUGACCAAGUUCAUUGACCUGCGUCUGUGUGCGGAUCUGCGCUGCCCGGACCUCUUCAACAUGUACACGUACAACGACCACCACGGGUACGGUAUCAUCGAGGUCGUCGAGAACCUGAUCCUGGAUUUCGAUGAGGCCAAGGAGAACUGGAAGGAGCAGUGGGCGAUUUGCGAGGCUGCGGUGCUGUUUCUGCUGUGUGGUGAGGCGGAUCCUAUGAAUAUGGUCGACGACGGCGAGAAAGUAGCCCAUGUGCACUCGCUCAUCGCGCGCAUGUUCUUGACCAUGCUGGCCAAGCUCGAGGCGCAAGAUCUCCUGACCCCCGAGUCGGAGAUCAAGAACCUCGGCGUUAUCAUGGCCACCUACAUGAAGUACAUCCGCGGCGAGGACGAGAUGCCUGAUGUAGAAGCCGCCAAGGACUUCCAGGUCGACCAGGCCCCUCGGCAUAUCCUCGCGUACGCCAAGAAACAUGGCAUCAAGCUGCGCGGCCCGGCCGACAUCGACGAACUCGUGAAGGAGGUAGAGGCCGAGCAGGAGGAGCAGGUUAGCUUGCCGGCUGCUUCCGCAAAGGAUCCCUGGUACUGGGCCGACGGAGUGAAGAAGUACGUGAAGGACCAUGUCGGCAAAUUGGCAGACAUGGGCGGCGACGACCUGGAUUUGACUACGUGGAGCAGUGCCGAGCGCAAGAAGAAGAGCUUUGAUAACAAGGACUGUUUCAAGAAGAAGGAGAUUGAUGCGCUCAAGGAUGGAAUGAUUUUGCAGGUGCGUUAG